CUGUCCCCAGUCUCGGUCUGGGCGGGCGCGCGGCCUGGCUUUGGUGGGGCUGUCCUGCGUCUACUGGAGCAGCGGACCGGACAAGGGGCCUGCGGAGGCCAAGCCUGGCGCGGGGCUGAGGCUCAGGAAGGGUUUGUCACGUGGAUUUUAAAGGAUUUCAGAGACCUCUGCCCUCAGUCGGGUUCUAUUCGGUAUCUGUUGAUUGGUGCCUCUUGCUGUUCUGUUUUCCUUUAGAGAUCAUUGGAGCAGAACUAAUGGGCAGAAGCAGCCAUUGCAUCUUUUGUUGUCCUUAGUUUGCAGUCAGAUCGGAAAAAUUUCACUUGAAGCUUCCUCAACUGGAUCAAAGCAGAAAGAUACAUAUCACUCAUAAAAUUAAAGACAUGGGCUUCAACCUGCAUUUCCACCUUUCCUACAAGUUACGGUUACUGUUGCUUUUUACCUUAUGCCUGACGGUGGUUGGAUGGGCCACCAGUAACUACUUUGUGGGUGCUAUUCAAGAGAUUCCCAAAGCAAAGGAUUUCAUGGCUAAUUUUAAGGCCAUAGCUUUGGGGAAGGAAGAAACUCUGACUAAUGAAGCCUCCAUGAAAAAAGCAGAACUUGACAACUGUCCUUAUAUAUCUCCAGACCUCAGAGGCCAGAGCAAGCUUAUUUUCAAACCAGAUCUCACUUUAGAAGAAGUACAGGCUAAAAACCCCAAGGUGCACAGAGGCCGGUAUCGCCCUGAGGAGUGUAAAGCUCUUCAGCGGGUCGCUAUCCUCAUUCCCCACCGGAACCGAGAGAAGCACCUGAUGUACCUGUUGGAACACCUUCAUCCCUUCCUGCAGAGGCAGCAGCUGGAGUAUGGCAUCUACAUCAUCCACCAGGCUGGAACUAAAAAGUUUAAUCGAGCCAAACUCUUGAAUGUGGGCUAUUUAGAAGCUCUCAAGGAAGAAAACUGGGACUGCUUUAUCUUUCAUGAUGUGGACCUGGUGCCUGAGAAUGACUAUAACCUUUACAUGUGUGAGGAUCAGCCCAAGCAUCUGGUGGUUGGCAGGAACAGCACUGGGUACAGGUUACGUUACAGUGGAUAUUUUGGGGGUGUUACUGCCCUAAGCAGACAGCAAUUUUUCAAGGUGAAUGGAUUCUCUAACAACUACUGGGGAUGGGGAGGCGAAGACGAUGACCUCAGACUCAGGGUUGAGCUCCAUAAAAUGAAAAUACUACGGCCAAAGCCUGAAGUGGGUAAAUACACGAUGAUCUUCCACACUAGAGACCAGGGCAACGAGGUGAAUGUGGAACGGAUGAAGCUCCUACACCAGGUGUCACGAGUUUGGAGAACAGAUGGGUUGACGAGUUGUUCUUAUAAGUUGCUCUCUGUGGAAUACAAUCCUUUAUAUAUCAACAUCACAGUGGAUUUCUGGGCUGGUGCAUGACCUGCAUCUUUUGGUGACAUUUGAAAGAACUGAUUAUUUGAUUUUAAUGAUUUUGGCCUAGAGACUUUUCUUAGUAGCACAUAACAAGAACAUGUUGCAGCUAAAUAUUGGGCUGAAUUUUUUUCCUUUUUGUAUUUUCUUCGCAGAGCUCCUAAUGAUGUGGAAUGUAAAACCACUGUAGCAAGACAGUUUUCUUAGUUGUUUGAUCAUGAAGGUUAAAUAUUAUAAUACAGAUACUUGAAGGAUUAAGUACAAAAAUGUCUCAGAGUAUAGUGGAGGCUACCUGAGAACUUUGGUUGAAGAUUUAUUUAAGCUUAAAGUGUUGUAUUAUGAGAUACAAGGCCAUAGGAAAUAAGAUUUCUGAUGUCUCAGAGAUCUAGAAUUGUUCUCAUCCAAUAUAGAAAGGUACGGAGAUGUGUUUCUGUUAUUCAUUUAUUCUGCUUGGUCACCUGUAAAGUGGUGGAUCCUAGGGGAGAAGAAGGCCACAGAGAAAAGGUGAAGAAUCAAGAGGUGGUGAACUUGAGAUUGAAGAAGUGGCAGGAGGACAUGGUGUCAGAUGAACUGGCUGCAACAGCUGUGCUGGCCGCCACCAAUACUCCACAGUGGAUCCCACCCCCUAGAUGCACCUUCCAGGAAGAGUCCAGGAGAACACAUUAUCUACUAGUUUUUAAACCAUUUUUGUAAAAUGAUUUUGUACAUGUAGGGUAUGAAUUACCAGUUUAUAAAUUACAUGUUAACUAAUAAUACAUCUCUGAAGUAAUUCUCUAGUAAAAUAUGAAAAAGCUU